AUGGCCGCCCUUUUCGCGAGCUUUGUAGCUUUCGUGACCUUCGAAGUCGCUGCAGCCAGUAACUUCAGCCCAUCCUUGCCCCCUCAAUCAGUAUUUAUAGAUACUCGUUCAUUCACGGUGAUAGGGAAGAACGGGACAUUCCGCUCUUCGACGUUCGAGACCACAUUUAACCCCACUUCUACGGCGCCACCUUUCUUCCAAAUAUUUGACAAGGGAUUCAUCAAGGUGUUGGGCUCUUCGCCGUCUUUCUCUGAAAUCGCAUCGACUCCCGGGUUCAACUUCGCCCACGAAGCUCCGAUAUACGUACCUGAGACUGACGAGCUCUUCUUCGCGAGCAAGGAUGGUCAUAUAGGCGAAGGGGGAAACAAUCGCGUGAGCAAGAUCAGUAUGGCAGAAGUAGAGGCUGCCUUGAAAAAGAACAGCACCGGUGCCUUCAACGUUACGGUGACUCCCCUCGAGUUAUCGGACACCAUCCAAAUGACGAACGGAGGAACUGGACCUUUCCGAUCUCAGCUGUUACUAGCCAAUUCAGGCCGGGGACCACUCCCGCCAUCCAUCGCACUCGUGAAUCCUAAGCCACCAUACAACUCGACCAUACUGCUGGACAAUUUCUUUGGCCGCCAGUUCAACUCACUGAACGACGUCAAAGUCCAUCCAAGCGGAAAGAUAUUCUUCACCGACGUGAACUAUGGUUUCUUAGGCGGGUUCCGCCCCACAUCUUUGAUGCCUAAUCAAGUGUACCGCUUCGACCCAAAUACCGGAGUGGUCCGCGUCGUGGCUGAUGGCUUCGACAAGUGCAACGGACUUGCCUUCUCCCGCGACGGGAAAACGGCCUUUAUUUCUGAUAGCGGUGCAAUUGGCGGUGAUGCUACGCAGAUGCAACCCACGACUUUGUACGCGUUUGACGUCGACUCCACUACACACGCCUUCAAGAACCGCCGCGUCUUCGCCUACGUUGAUGCCGGAAUCCCCGAUGGUAUCCAGCUAGACACCAACGGCAACGUAUACUCUGGUGCUGGCGAUGGGGUGCAUACAUGGGACUCCGAGGGAACACUUCUCGGGAAAUUCUUCCUGGGCAGCACGGCUCCGAACAUGGUGUUUGCUGGGAAGGGGCGGCUCGUUAUUUUGGCAGAAACCAAGAUAUACAUGGCCAAGAUUGCAGCUAAAGGAUUCGACCUGGGAGGAAGGUAG